UUCAUCAACCUUGUGAGCGGCUCUAACCUCGCCGUGGGCGAGGACCUCACGUCCUGCACGGCCAAAGUGGAGACCGCAAACACCUUCGAGCUGUUCGGGAAGCUCGUCACGCUCGUUGACACGCCUGGCUUCGACGACACAACGGUCUCGGACACGGACAUCCUCAAGAUGAUCGCCGUGUACCUCUCUAGCACGUACGAGAACGGGUACAAGCUGAGCGGAAUCAUCUACAUGCAUCGCAUUUCCGACUUCCGCAUGGGCGGCAUCUCGCGGAGGAACUUGAACAUGUUCCGCAAGCUUUGCGGCGACGAGGCGCUCGGCAACGUCGUGGUCGUCACGAACAUGUGGGGCGAGGUUACCUCCGAGCGCGGCGCCGCGCGUGAGCACCAGCUACGCACCGACGAACGCUUAUUUGCGCCUGUGCUCCAGGGCGGCGCCACGAUGCUCCGGCACGACAACACGUACGAGAGCGCACAAGCCAUACUCGCACAUCUCGUAGGAAACCGUCCGCGUGCGCUGCGCAUCCAGCGCGAACUCGUCGACGAGGGCAGAGACAUCGCGGAGACGGCAGCAGGCGCCGAGCUCGGCAGCGAGCUCGAGGCAUUGCGGAAGAGACACGCCGAGGAGCAGUAUGAAAGAACGAGCGGUGGCACGCGCAAACUUACCGUCGACUUUCCAGUGCCUGUAGCUCCCAGAACACUGAAGAUAAAGUAA